GGGGAUCUAGGGUGGUUUCCCGAAAGGGGCUGGGAAGCCCAUGCCUGGGGCAGGCCCCGGGGCUGCCUUGUUGGGAGGGUCUCAGGCCUGGAGAGAGCAGAGGAAGUCUGAGGCCUGCCUGACCCUGCAUGCGCGCGCCCUGACUGCUUCCGUUCCUGCUUCUUUGCCCAGUCAGCCCCAUUUUCUCUGGCACCUUCUUUGGGGUAUGAGUAGGAGGGAUCUCUGAGCCUCCCCCUAGGGUGCAUAGAGCUGGGUGCCAGGCGGUAGAUGUAGCUGCGAACUGGGGACACUUCCCUGUGGGCACUGCCUGCAGGUGAACGCCUCUGUGCAGUCCUCGCUGGGCCACUGUGUUUACUCCAGCAGGGGAGGAGUCUGCUGAACUUGCAAGGGAACUUUGGCCUGUAACCACUGUGCCCAUAGGAACCCACCGCAGGGGUCAGCGUGUCCUCCAUGGCUGCUCGGAGUCCUGGCUCUCUUCCCUGAGGUGUUUGUGGAGGUUUGGGGGGCGGUGACACCAAGCCCUGUCUAGUCCCUGAACAGAGACUGAGGGUGGAGAGGGGGAAGUGCACCACAGACCCUGUGACUGCCUGUCCUCGACGGGGUUCCUCUCAUCAGGAGUUUGGAAAAUGAUGUCUGUUCUUUCUCCCUGAUAUCCACAGUGUUUCAGUUGGAAUGUUACUUUACUACUUUAGCUUCCUUUCAUGUCUUGCCCAGAUUCUGCCCAUGGAAGACUUAGGAGAGGUCAGUACUUAGCAUCACACCCUGAGCGCCUUCGAGGAAGAUCUUUUUCUGAAUUUCACAAAGCAACUAAGAUCUGAUGUUUGCAGCUGCCCAUGUGUAUGCUGGCAUCUAUCUAUCCUGUGUACACCCCCCCGCUGACUGAGGAAACUGAGGCUCAGGGGAGCUAAGUGAUUUUGCUGUGUGGCCAUGGACAAUGGAGAGGGCAGCUGGGGCUUGAACUCAGCUCUGGCUCGACUCCAGAGCCUAAGAUCUUUUGUCUCUGUACUCCGGGACUGCGCCUUCCGGUCAACUGAUGUAUCUGUUGAAAGAGCCCAUUGAAAUCGUAAACCAGAAUCCAGUCCAUAAACCAGUAAGCCAGACUUACAGUCAAAUCAUGAGUGACAAGGAGGGGUGUUUGAUGCAGAGGGCAGUGGUUUGACAGGGAAGGUUAGCCAUCUGUCUUCUAUUGAGUGUUUGGGGCCCAAGAAACCCAAGUUCAUAUCCCAGCUGGGCCCCUUCAGCUGGCUUUGGCCGUGUGAGGUUGUGCCUCUGCCUCAGCCUCAGUUUACCACCUGAACUAGUGUCAUUAUGCGGAGGUGACGCAGCUGAAGCUCUUGGCACGGGUGGGUGUUCAAGCACAGCAGCUGCUCCUGUUACCUUCGGGGUUGGACUUGUUGCCUGCUCCGGGGAGCCCUCUGGGCUUUCUCCAUGAUAAAGGAGAAACCCCACCCUUGCUGGAUUGGGCCCAGAGGAAGUGGGGACUCUGCAUGAAGCCGGCGCAGCAGGUGGGGCUGCAGAGAGGCCACUGGGAUUGGCCUGGACACGGUUCCUUUUCUGCUGUUACCUAGACACACACUGACUUGUUCUAGUUCCGGUUUGCUAGAGACAGGAAGCCAGAUCCUUCCAAAGGACCUGGAGUGGGAGGAGUGCAGGAGCUGACCUUCCUCGGAAGUCAGGGGACCUGUCCUGGGCUGCAGGGCCUGGGAUUCCCUCUGAACCACUGGGCAGGAGCCAGGACGCCCUGCUGGAGGACUUGGAGUCCACCACCUCCCACAUCUCCAAACGGCCCGUGUUCUUGUCGGAGGAGACUCCCUACUCCUACCCAACUGGAAACCACACGUACCAGGAGAUUGCGGUGCCGCCCCCGGUCCCUCCACCCCCGUCCAGCGAGGCCCUCAAUGGCGCGCUCCUUGACCCCUUAGACCAGUGGCAGACCAGCGCCCCCCGAUUCAUCCACCAGCAGGCUCUGAGCAUUCUCCUUCCCGCAGCCCCAGCCCCUGCCACCGGCCUACGGCUCCAGUGCCAAACCCUGCAACGCCUCCACCCCCCAGGACGGCCUGGGCCCUCCGUGCGCUCGGGCCGGUGAGGAAGAGCACGUCUACAGCUUCCCCAACAAGCAGAAGUCGGCUGAGCCUUCACCCGCCGUGAUGAGCUCCUCCCUGGGCAGCAACCUUUCGGAACUGGACCGCCUGCUGCUGGAGCUGAACGCUGUGCAGCACGGCCCCUCGGGCUUCCCCGCAGAUGAGGCCAACUCGAGCCCCCCGCUGCCGCGGGCUCUGAGCCCUCACUAUGGCGCCCCGGAGAGCAGCCUGCUGGCGGGCAGCGCCGGGCCCCUGAGGAAAGAGAAGCCCAAGCGGAACGGCGCCCGGCGCCUGGAGGACGUGCGGCCCGGCGUGGAGAGCCUCCUGGACGAGCUGGAGAGCUCCGUGCCCAGCCCCGUCCCCGCCAUCACUGUGAGCCAUGGCGAGAUGAACAGCCCCCAGCGCGUCACCUCCAGCCAGCAGCAGACACGGAUCUCGGCCUCCUCUGCCACCAGGGAGCUGGACGAGCUGAUGGCUUCCCUGUCGGAUUUUAAGACCAGCUCCUCUGCUGUGGCCUUGAACUCCCUAGGGCUGCCGCCCAGCUCAGCUCCAUCCUCACACCACAUACGUCCUUCUCCUCCUCCUCCUCCUCCUCCUCCUCCUCCUCCUCUUCCUCCUCCCGGGCCCUCUAUACUCCUGCCACCCACUCUUAAACCCUCCUCUGGAGGCCACGGUCUCACCACAGAGGCCCUCUGCCGUGAGGAUGAUGAGGAAGGGCAGGGCCUCUUACCUCCUGUGGCCCCCAGCUGGCUUGAUUUGGCUGGCCUCGGGGUGACACCUGACACCCCCAACUCAAGGUCUCCCUCUGCAGAGGGCUCUCUGGGGCCAUUUGGUGCAGAGAGCCAGGCUCGAGGCUGGAGGGACGCACUAAACCUCAAGAGUGAGCUCUGCAGGGCUCCCCCAGGCCACACUCGACCCCACGCUGGGUGUGCAGGUCCCCAGGAGCCUGGAGACCCCCAAGGGCUGUCAGCCAGCCCUGCGUACCCAGAGGAGGCCUUGGCUGCCACGUGGGAGCAGCCGUGGGCUUUGGAGGCGCUCAGGCCAGAGACUCCCCACAGAGCUACGCCCAGCUUCCAGGAAGUAACGGAGCCAGCUGUCGUGGCCAUAGACCGUCAGGUCAUCUUCCCAGAUACCUGGAGUCCCACGAAGGAACGUGGACAGCUGCAGGAGGGGACCAGGCCAGAGCCCGCGGGGCCAGAGGGCAGCCGCCCGGCUCCUGUGGACCAGGAACAGUUGGGUGGAGAGAUGCCUGUGCGGCGAAGCCCGAUCCAGCCAACCCAGGGACCCGAGACAGCCCGGAGGCCAGUGGGCACCGCUGAAGCUGCUGCCGAGGCUGAGAGGGCACAGCCGGAGCUUCCACAGGCCAUGGUCACGGACGCGCCCACCACCGAGAGGAUUUCCACCUCUGGCCAGAUCCGCUCCGUGAUCAGGAGGAGCCGGGAGACAGGCCACGCGCACCCCAUGUCCCGGGAGCCCUCCCCUCGCCGCCGGCUGGACCCCGCCACCAUGAGCAGGACCCCAUCCCAGGAGCGGCUCAUCGCAGAGCUGCAGGGGCGGCUGGGCAUCCAGCCGGAGGCGGAGGGGGCGUCGGGGGCGGCGGGGGCCUCCACCGAGGACUGGAUGACGGAGGGCGUCGUCAUCACUGUGCAGCCUCGAGGGAGGCGGGCUGAGGGGCAGCUGGUAGAGAAGGUGGUUUUCCCUCCCGGCUCUCCCGUCCCCCUGAGAAGAACCUUCUCUGUUCUGCCUUCUCCUCCUGCCCCUUUCCUCCAGCAUCACAGAGAGGCCGCGGCCAGCAGCCCUUCUCCCCCGCCCAGCCUGCCUGCCCCCGCCACCCUGGGGCCCUCAGCUCUUCCCUGUGGGUCCCCUGGGGCUCAGAGUGCUGGGGCAGGGCCGCAGGCGGAUGUGCAGGGGCCCACCUCGCCCCUUCCUGCACCCCCCACUGUGAGGUCCGUGGGCUGCCAGACCGACGAGGACCCGAUGUUCCCCCCGAUGCAGAUCCAGGGCCUGGAACAAAGAGCAGAUGGAGAGCUGUGCUGGGCGGCUGGCUGGCCUCCGAGUGGCAGGCAGAGCAGCCCCGAAGGGCAGGACGAGGGAGGGUUCAUGGCCCAGGGGAAGACAGGGAGCAGCUCUCCCCCCGGGGAGCCCCCAAAGCCCGGGAGCCAGCUGGACAGCAUGCUGGGGAGCCUGCAGUCCGACCUGAACAAACUGGGGGUUGCCACAGUCGCCAAGGGAGUCUGCGGGGCCUGCAAGAAGCCCAUCGCCGGGCAGGUGGUGACGGCCAUGGGGAGGACGUGGCACCCCGAGCACUUCGUCUGCACCCACUGCCAGGAGGAGAUCGGGUCCCGGAACUUCUUUGAGCGGGACGGGCAGCCCUACUGUGAAAAGGACUACCACACCCUCUUCUCCCCACGCUGCUACUACUGCAACGGCCCCAUCCUGGAUAAAGUGGUGACAGCCCUCGACCGGACGUGGCACCCCGAGCACUUCUUCUGUGCCCAGUGCGGCGCCUUCUUCGGUCCUGAAGGGUUCCACGAGAAAGAUGGCAAAGCCUAUUGCCGGAAGGAUUACUUCGACAUGUUCGCGCCCAAGUGUGGCGGCUGCGCCCGGGCCAUCCUGGAGAACUACAUCUCGGCCCUCAACACCCUCUGGCACCCCGAGUGCUUCGUGUGCCGGGAGUGCUUCACGCCGUUCAUCAACGGCAGCUUCUUCGAGCACGACGGGCAGCCCUACUGCGAGGUGCACUACCACGAGCGGCGCGGCUCGCUGUGCUCCGGCUGCCAGAAGCCCAUCACCGGCCGCUGCAUCACCGCCAUGGCCAAGAAGUUCCACCCCGAGCACUUCGUCUGUGCCUUCUGCCUCAAGCAGCUCAACAAGGGCACCUUCAAGGAGCAGAACGACAAGCCUUACUGUCAGAACUGCUUCCUCAAGCUCUUCUGCUAGGGCCCUCGUCCCUCCAGCUGCCCUGUCCCCUGGCCCAGCCUCCCCCACCGCUACUGUGACCCAGAGGCCUCGUCCAGGGCUGCAGGGCCAAGCCCGACUGAAACUGGAACCCGUGUCCUGGCUGUGCAGGGUGGCAAGAGGGCUCAAAGGGUGCCCCCUGCUUUUCAUCCUCUGCCAGGGCCUCUGGGCCUCCCCCUCCUCCUGCAGCUGUCCCCAGGCUGCCAGCUCCUCGUCCUCCCCGGAGGGGGGCUGGGGGCCCCACCCUACGAACCCGCCUGGCCUGGCCAGCACCCCACACUGGAGCCAUCUCUUACUCAUUUCGGCAGUGGAGCAGGGGGCGGGCAGGCAGGGUCAGAUGGGGUCUCUUUUUAUCUUUAUUUCCGUCCGACCAAAUUAUCCUUGUUCCGAGAAUCCUGGGGGACACCGCUCCCUCCAGACAAUGCCAGCAUCAAUCCACCCGAGGGCCGCAGUGCCCAGGGGCCACGGAAGGUUCCUGGUGCUCCUCCUGCCCUUCCAGUCUCCCCAGGCCUGGGCAAUAUGCCCUGCCCAUCUCUGCUCUGAUUCUACUGAGACAGACUCUCCAGCAAUAAUGUUUAUAGUCACUUCCUCCGUCUCGGACGGUGGGAGGGGGGCAUUUCACCUCGAGCCUGGACACUGUGCCGACUUUGAUAGAUUUCUACACUGAGGUUUGAAUUCCUAUCAUCGGAGUUGCUUUUACUUCUCUAUACAAAAUGAUUUUGAAGAGAUUUUAAAGACAUCCCCUUUUGUACUCUCCUCCUUGUCCACCGCCACCGGUCCUGUGGGGCAGUGGCUGUGGGACAGGGUUCGCUUUGUACUGAGGGCUUGGGGUGGGGAAGCCAUUUGUAUUUUAUUUUUUCUUAGCAUAAGCAGGUGAAGUGGGAGCAGCUCUGAGACUCCCCUUCUUUCCUUCACUGCUCCCAGGACUGUUUUAUAAACUGCUGUAUUUUGAAAUCCCUUCCUUACUACCCAGGCCAGCAAGCUCUUAACUGAAAUGGCCUAAGGGUGUCUUGCCCUUUGGGCCUAGGAUUCUGAACCUCAUCCGUCCUGUUCCCUAGUGAGGAGAAGGGGAAAGGAUGCUUUGGGGGUGCUGUUUCCUGUCUAAGCCAUUAGGAGCAUCCGCUCCCCUGUGAACUCUUUGGCACCCAAGAGAACCCCCCGAACACUCUCGCCUCCUCACUGCUUCCCUGGGCUCCUCCUGCCUCCUCAGGAAAGCUGGGAUCUGGUUUUGACCAUUGGUCUUGUUGAUUCCACUGGGCGCAUCACUUCCCCAAUUCCCUGCCCUCCUUGGAAACGAGGGCUGGGGGAAGGCUCGGGUUGUUGCAAGGCAGUCUGGACGGAGGGAUGGAUCCGCUGAAGCCAUGGAAAGGUCCCAGAGCUUUGCUUUCUCCCCCAAGGAUGAAACAGGAGCAGGCAGGCCCGGGUUCCUGGCCAGCAGAGGGGGGCCCCAGUGGGGUCUACAGGGGGUAAGAUCCUAGCAGAGGCUCAGUGCGCUGGGGUUUCAGAUGAGGGUCCCUCCUUCAAGCCAGGGCUGGGAGCAGCCAGGUCUGGGCAGGUCAAAGGUCUGACGUCUCCACUUCCACCCAUAGGCCUUAUUGCUCUGUUUACAGUGACCCGCCCUAGACCCCACUCCUAGAGGGAAGGGUUUCUGGGGUCCACCCUCUGGGUCAAUGGUUAUUUGAUGAAUUGAUUUUAAUUUUUUUCUCUGUAAACUUUUAACCUGGCUUUUCCUCAUUUCAAUUCCUGUGAUUUAUGCCAAUAAAGUUUGCCAUUAUUUUGAUCUGU